AUGCCUGGCGCUUUCGGACCUGAGGAUUACAUCGACUUUUAUGAGAAUCCCCUCGAAGUUCUUGACAAUUUGGAGUCUGCUUGGAAAAAUAGGGAACCACGAAUUACCUGGUCCACCAACAACUUGCCAACCCUUGACGAUGUUGACUUUGACUGGCGCACAUACAAUCCGCCAGGUGCACUGAGGAGGGCUCCUAACAUAACAUCUCAGGUUCUCCUGGAUAUACUUCAGUCAUCGGUUCAGAACGUCGAAGAGAGGAAUAUCGAAGAGGAUCGCCAGAAGAAAGAAGCUGAUGCUCAACGACAGCUUCAAGAGAAUGAAAAGGGCAAAAACAAAGAACCGUAUCUGCCCAUCAUCAUCCCUAUCGAAAAACUCGUCCAAGAUGACACAAGUAAAGAUGUACCUAAGAUCAAACCCGAUAUACUUAUGACAACUUUUGGUCCCAGUGUUACUGUUACAAAGAAUGGGGCCAAGGCAAACAAGAAGCGCCUCGUUGCGCUUCGUCGGUUCUUCCAGCGCAGCGAAGAAAAGGGCGAAAGCAGUGCUACAGGAGCGGUCCUGAUGGCUCUGCGAGAAGAAGCUGGAGAGACCGAACCUGGCAGCGAGAACCUCGUUCGUUUGACCAAGCCCGAUACCAUCGAGGAAGUGUAG